AUGCCCCAUGGCGCCAGAAUCUCACUACGCAACAUACAUAAUGUCUCCACAUUGUCUCUGAGAGACCUGCAAGAGUUUAUCUCGGAGCCAUCAGACUUUGUCUGGUCUGGAGAAGAAGAUUUCCUGAUGCAAACCCAUCUUGCUGUUUCUCAAGACAGAAAUGUCUAUACUUCAAAACACCGCGCACGUGAGCGAAGAAUCAUGAGCGCCCAGAAGCAGGUUGCUGGAGGACUAUUUACUCUUACGCGUUCAGAAACCGCCAGUGCCGAGAGAGAAAUAAUCAGCGAGUUCAUUUAUUUGUCGAAAUUAUGGGGGGCCAAAACGCAGCAAGACAGCGUUGGGCAGAUUUCGGAUCUUCGAUCUACACUUAAAUCAUUCGCUGAACACAUUGUUUCGCGUAUCCAGACCACGUUCGGCACGGAAAUCAUGACGUAUUUGCUUUGUUUCGCGAAACGUCUCCACAAGGGAGUCAAACUCAAGUACGACAGGGUUUCCAACAACUGUCAAGACUUUGCAAGCGCGAUGCUCUUCAACAAUGACGAAUGGGACGACCAUCUCUCUUGGGUCUACCCAAAGGUACCAUUGCAGCACGAAUUGACACGGGAAACAAUGACAUUUCGAUACAUGAUGAGCUUUGCAGGAAGAAUUCAAAGUCAACACAGGGAGUAUUUUGUCAGCCCCCUGACUAGUUCCAUACAGCUUUACGACUCUUUUGGUCAUAACGAUUCAGAUCUCAUUGAUCAUGCCAUUAACGUCCGAACAAGGGAUUGGGAUGGCGGAUCCGUAAUAUCUCAUGACCCUUACCUUAUGAAAAACUCGACCAUGACUUGCUAUGAUAAAGAUGGUUGUUCUAUUGCAGACCAUCUCUUAGAUGGCCCGCAUGAUAAUCUCUCAGUGCUGACGACUCACAUCCACCGCAAACGAGCUCUGUACACGGUUCCGAAACAUGACUCCGGCGAUGUAUUGUUUACAAAGCUCCUGAUUACCCAAACGCCAUCAGACUGGAUCCGAAAUCGUUUAGAGAUCAUUCACCGCCUUCGUCUUCUUAAUUCGUAUCUCAGUAUACUCGCUGACGAGUUUGCAUCUAUGAUACCAGACGGAAGCCUCUCUGCCAAGGAUCUGCGCCAGGUCUGGACUCCGGUGAGCAGUCGCCUAGGCCGUUGCUGGAGCUGUAACAAGCGGGAGGAGCGCAAUGUCAUUCAAAGACCUACCUGGCUUGAUAAUGCAACUACUGGUCAGAUGAGCAAUGCGAGGUGGACGUUUAUGUCCUCAGUUUGGCACACUUCACCUGACGUUCAGGCCAAAGAGGCUUGGCAAUCGCGCUACAACCAUUUUCGAAACCAACUAUUUUCUGAUCCAAAAGGUCUCGGAGCGAGCUCUAUCAUACCACCUGGAACGUGCGAUUGCCCGACAUGCGAGAUGGUUUGGGCAUCAAGACUAUGCUCCCGCGCUACCAGGCAUGCGGCUUCCCAAGAGUUGACGCGUCCUGAGGAGAGAUCAAAGGGUUAUUCAUCGAAACAUCCGGACUAUGUGCCUCCCAGCCAGCUACGUACAUCGAUCUUACUUCUUGGAGCUGAGUAUAAAGUCGUCACUGACUUUCUCAAACAAUUGACUCGUACACCCGAAUAUCUAGGAUACGAAGAAUCCACCGAGCUUCAGAUAGAGAUGUUUCCAGACGUAUACGGUACAUAUCUUUUCCAGGCUAAUUUGCGUGGCAAACUACAUUCAGAGUCUCAAAGCGAAACUCCAGGCUUCCUAGAAUGGCUUGCUGCUAUUCAUAAUAAGGAGGAUAUCAGUUAA